GGUCCUUCUGCCAUCAUGCAUCGUGCCUGGAGCGACUCGCGGCUGAUCAACACUCGAAGGAGCCACAUUGGUGAUCACAUUGGGAAUGCUGUGCCUGGAUACACAGGGCACGUACCAGGCGCAAGACUAGAGGGUGAAGUCGUUGCAUCAACCUUUGGACGUUCUUUGCGAGUGUCGCAAGGUGUGCGCAGCCAGACAACAUGUGAUGUUCAGGCGAUGCGCCUCCAGCGCGAGGAGUCGGACAGGCAACAAAGGACCAUCCUACCACCAACACUUGCGCCAGUGUACGACAAGAGAGGAAUAGGUUACCAACCUGCUGGAGAUACACGGCAUUCAAGGAUCCCUGAAUCAAAUGAGGAGAAGAGCCACUAUCACUCAGGGUGGGGCUUGACGUCACUAGCCUAUGAAAACCUUGGCGGUGCAGGGAAACUGAAGGGCCAUGGUGCUGCAUCCCGGGGAGUUCCUGGUUACCUUGGCUUCAUUCCAGGAAAGGUUUCCGAGAAUUCGUUUGCGGAAACUUGGUCGAAGACACAGGAGAGAUCUUUGAGUUCGCACCUUGCAGCCCGCGCAGCAGCACCGAAGCAAUGGACGUUGAUGUCAGAUGGGCGAACUUCAGUGGCUCCGGUGAAGUCAGAUACAAUGGCAGAGAUGCCGAUCUGGAAUCCAUCCUACCAAGAUCAUGCCCGCGGUUGGUCUGACUGCAGGGUCACCGGGAAGCACGUUUUGCCUGCUGGGGCCAGUGCACCUGUGGGCAAACAGGAGGCCUUCAACAUGCGUGUGCCCGAGCUUGAACAUGUGCUCCACCAUGGAACAGCUCCAAUUCUUGGUUACAAGGGCUACAUCCCAGGAAAGGUGAGCGAGAAUGUGAUUGGCGAAAGGCACUGCAAGACAGUGGCUAUUGCAGAUCACCUUCACAGAAAAGCUCUUGUGCGAAUCACCCAGCGCUGAGAUGGGCUAUCAGCAGUUAGACAGCCGAAUUUCUGGAAGCAUUGACAAACA